UAUCGGCUGUUUGAAUGUAUUGUUACGGUGUUGAUUUUGCUGUAUUAGGUCUUAUUCUGUUGUUAUCGAAUUGUCUUUGUAAAUAUGUGUUGUAGUAUGUCUCUGUUUUGGUUGUGUGUUUAUGGGCUUUUAGGGUUUUGGAUUCGGUGCGUAAAUUUACGUCCUUUAAGGGUUGAGGGAUUUGUAGCUUCCGAGAAUGUUGUUGUUCCGUUCGUGUUGAGAAAUCGGCCGAACAAACAAACCCACGUGCGCGAAGAAUAGUCAAGAACAGAAACGAAGAACACUAGAUGUGAAGAUUUUUGUGUUCCCUGAGUGUGUUGAGUAUGCGCACAGCUCACAGGAAUUUCCACUAUGUAUGGAGUGAAGAGAGUGCAAGGUUGGCUGCUGCGUAUAGCAAGAAUGUAUAACAUAACUUUGAAUAGUUUGCGAAGAGCAACCCAAAUCGGUUCAGGUUUCAGAAGCCCAACAGUUCAACCUCGUUAUCUUUCUCUCAUUUGAGUACAUUUUCAACCGAUGAGAGUGAGGCUGAACAAAAUCAAGCUCUUUGGUUUGCUGGAAUAAUGUUGAGCAUGGAUGAUGGAUGGGAAAUCCCUUGACGGGGGUUUGAGCUCUACUCAGACAAACGUAUAUAUUGCUGUUUUGUUCUACGGCUCCUCGUGUCCUUUUUCAAAUGCCAUUCGAACCAAGUUUGCUGCCCUCAGUACAAUGUUUCCUCAAAUCAAACAUGUAAUGGUCGAACAAUCUUCUGCCAUGCCAAGUGUCCUUUCAAGAUACGGAAUUCAUAGCGUGCCCUCCAUAUUGGUUGUGAACCGGAUGGUAAAAACUCAAUAUUAUGGUUCAAAGAAUCUUUCGUCCUUUGUGCAGUUCUAUAAGGGAACUACAGGUCUUGACCCAAUAUUGGAUUUGACUGAAGAUCAAGGGAGCUAUUCCGAAAGUGGUCUGAAAUUUCUGUACCCUUGGAAAGGGAACUCUGCGAAGGAGAUCUUGAUGAUGGAACCUUAUCUAGUUUUCUCCGCGCUAUUCCUCUUCUUGAGGGUGUACCUAUAUCUCUUCCCAAGGAUGAUAUCUAACUUAAUUGCUUUAUGGUUUGCUUUUGUCCCACACCUAAAUAUGGGAUUCCUCGGAGAGUUGAGCCAUCUUUUGGGGCGAGUUCUCCAUGUGAUUGAUUUUCAGAAGGUUUGGAGCAAGCUGAGGCGGUGUAAAACCAGAAACUUGCAUAACGGAGCUAGGAGUGCUAGGGUUUGGGCCUCAUCCUUGGCAUCUGUGUCCUUGGGAGAGACUUCCUCGGGAAGAUUGGUUCCCCCUGGGGAUUCCUAAAAGGACGCGUGGUUUCACUGAACAAAUUGUCCGAUAAACCACUGAACAAAUUGUCUGAACGAGGACGUACUUGACUUAUUGAGGAGCGUACUUUUGUGACACGAUCACGGAGGGUUUUCACUUUUGAUAGUCGUUCUUUUCUUACGUUUUUGAUUUCUUGCCCUUUCAUAAAUGUAUCAGCAGAACUGAAGGAGUUUCCUAGGGUUAUGCGGGAUUCCCAAGACAGCAAAGAUGUAUAUUCAAGAAGUGAGAACAUUCAUCUCGUCUUUUAAUGUAUAUUACUAGUAUUUUUGCACUC